CCGACACUAGCGGAAAGAGUGAGUCGAACGUACGAGGCAUUCGUUCCGUCGUGUUUACCUAGAAGGGGUGUAUAUUCAAGUCGUCAUGUCUAACGCUACCGAAUUACCCGCUUCUGGUAUCAAACAGAAGAUGCACCGCUUCUGGAACAAGUGGACUUUAAACGUGACCGAAUACGACCCGUGUUUUAAAGUACAGUAUUUAGGAAACGUCCUGACAGUUUGGGCCAAAGGUGAAGGUUGCAUCGAUAGGCCUCUGGCUAUUUUGUGGGAUAAUUACUUGUCGAAUAACCAACAGGAGAACGUAUCCAUGAAGAUAUCCGUGUGUAAUUCCGGUCUGAAAGCAGUCACCAAAGAACACGGGGAAACGGAAUAUUGGGCGUACAGGAUUACCUUCUGUGGCACCCAUUCUUCGUAUCCGCGCGUUUUUUGCUGGAUUUACAGGCACGAGACAGGACCCUUAAAACACGAGCUGAGAUGCCACGCCGUGUUGUGCGGCAAGGAUACAAAAGCUCAACAAUUAUCCACUCUGCUUAACGAGAAAUUGGUGACGGCAUUACAGGAAUUUCGCCGCGAAAAAUUAAGAAGACAGAAGUAUCGCGUGUCCUUGGCUAAUCCCCUACCACCACGAAGGAAGCUCCUACUAAGUACAGGAGUCAAUAAUUUCCGUCCUAGAGCCGAAAGUCUGCCAGCAAUGACGAGGAUAGAGGAAUUGGAAGAAGAAAACGAGCCCAUAGAACCAAGGUAUCGAUUACAAUCCUUACAAUCCUUCGACGAACAAUUAUCAGAUUCCGAUGACUCUUGUCGAAUGUAAGUAGUAGUGGUACGAGCUGUACAAGCAGUACAAUUAAAUAAACUGUACAUAAAAUUAACUGUUAGAUAUAUUUAACCUGGAAAAAUUAGCUGUAUUUUGUUAAUUAAA